AUGGAUUUUAUUAAUACUCCACAAAUCUUAAUAACCGAGUCAAGAAAUCCUAAAAUAAUUACAGGGCUAAGAUUAUGUCCAGGAUAUAUUGGAGUGAGUGAGGGCGAUGUUGAUUCCAACACAAUUAAUACAGGUGGUCGAAAAUUAUUUGAUUUUACGGUGGAAGGCAAGUUUGUCAAGUCUUAUGGCGCGGAAUAUUUGGAUGGUGAUAUCGAGAGUGCCAAGAACAAUAAUAUAAUAUCAAUUAAAAAUUAUAAUUCGUCGAGUUUUAAAAAAGAUCGUAACAAUUGUUUGAUAUUCAGACCGGAGGAUAGUAUGAAUUAUGAAUAUAAUCAAGAUGAUCCAUCUAAAAUAAUCAAAUCUUUCCUUAAAUUUAACAUCAAGCCGUCUUCGUCAAAUUCAGCACCAGCUCCACCAUUUUUUUCCGUGAACAUCGAUAAACUCAAUGUUAACAACCUUAUUUAUAGAUUGACAAAACACUCAACAACAGAACUUGAUGACAACGAACCAUCUUUACAAUAUAAUGUAAAUACCAUACUGAAAAAUCAAAAAACUAUCCUAGAAUAUUAUACUAUUAUCCAUAAAAGAUUUUCAACAACUCUAUUGGGUCAAAUAGGGAGCACCAAACCUAAUAGACUUUCAUUGGAAGUUAAAACAAAUUCAAUCAGUCUACCAUUAUCCUCCUCGGCAUCGAAUAAUGACCUAACCGAAUUUAUAUUGUUGCCUUCACAGUUUCUUCGAUUUGAAAAUGAAAAAUACGAAUACCAAGCCGGAUCGAUGAUUUCAAAUCUUGGUGGUUUCUAUGGCGCAAUCGUCGCAUUAUAUGUAUCUUGUUUCGGAAUGUCUAAAAUUCAACCUUGGGGAGUAUUCCAAAGAGCAAUAUUUCGCUGCCACCCAUGUCGCAGAUCUUUCAAAAAACAUUUAGCAAAACGUUACAUUAGUUUGGCCGGAAUACCAUUAGGUGAAGAGAUUGACGACAGGCCGCAAAAUGCGAGUUUAGAAGAUAGAUUACAAAUAUUGGAAUACCUAUUAAAAGAUUAUUAUCUGGAUAGUUAUUAUCUAGAGAAAUUGAAACAAACAAAAUUGAAAUAUGAUAAGGCUGAACAAAAAUUUACAGAGUUAGAAGAAUUGUAUGAGAAACAAGCAUGUUUAAAUAAUGUUGGUGAUGAGGAUGAAGAUGACGAGAAUAAUACACGGAACAAUGGAAGAAGAAGAUGUGGUUUAUGGCAAGGCCUUUAUAGGGUUAGUUUUAAUAACGAUAAUCAAAGUGAUAAUAAUAUUGAAGAAGCUGGUGGCGGUGACGGUGGUAAUGAAUUUGAAAAAAUUGGGAUUACACUUGAAAAAUAA